ACGUUACUUUUUGCCUUUCAUUGUAUACAUUUUUGGUAAACAAUGCCUGCAAAGAAGAAACAGUUUGCCAAGAACAUUAGCAGCAAGAGGAAAAGGCACAUAGAAGCAAUGAUAAGGUCUAUACAAGCAAAGAGAGCAGCAGCUGCUGUGGUUGGUGACGCCGCCACGAUGCUAGUACCACCACGUGGUGACGCCGCCACGAUGCUAGUACCACCACGUGGUGACGCCGCCACGAUGCUAGUACCACCACGUGGUGACGCUGCCACGAUGCUAGUACCACCACGUGGUGACGCCGCCACGAUGCUAGUACCACCACGUGGUGACGCCGCCACGAUGCUAGUACCACCACGUGGUGACGCCGCCACGAUGCUAGUACCACCACGUGGUGACGCCGCCACAAUGCUAGUACCACCACGUGGUGACGCCGCCACGAUGCUAGUACCACCACGUAGUGACGCCGCCACAAUGCUAGUACCACCACCCUCCUCUCAACACCUGUCCUUGUUCACUGCUACUGAACUAUUGGAUAUUUCACGUUCAGAAACAACUUGAAUUAAUGGAGAAGAACAUGAAGGAACAACGGAAGCAAAGAGGAAUGAAGAGGAAAAGGGAGGUGGACACGUCCUACGAGCCUGGAGGACAUUAGAUAAUCAUGUGUCCACCUACAUCCAGUCAUAGAUUGAUUGGGAUGGAUUGUUAUGAUUGGCCAGCCACCAGAGAACUUCAGGAUAAAGGGAUCUUCAUGGAACUUCAGGAAUAAUGUCUAUAUAACCAGUUCUACUCUCAAUAAACGUAUAAAGGCA